AAGCAGGCGAUCCCAUUGAGAAAAUUUCAGUCGCGUCAAGCUGAGGGACAGCGCGAGACCCGUUUACAGAUCGCAAACGCAGAGUGUUUUUCUCUGGGAUUUACCAAAUCACUCUUUUUUUACACAAGCAGAGGAUUUAAUCACCGCUGGGCGACGAUAACACCCCCCUCUCUCCCCGUUUAUUCCCGUUUUCCCUCCUGCUGCAGCCCCUUAGGCCGCAGUGAGAAGCAAGCGACAUGGACGGGUUUUACGACCAGCAGGUCCCUUUCUUGGUGCCCCCCAAUAAGUCUCGCAUGCAGGAACCGUCUUGCAAGCCGUUUAAUGACCGAAAAAGGAAGUUUGUUGACACCGGGUUGGCGCAGGAUACAGAGGAGCUCUUUCAAGAUCUCAGCCAGCUACAAGAGAUUUGGAUAGCAGAAGCCCAGGUACCCGAUGACGAACAGUUUGUUCCAGAUUUCCAGUCGGAUAACUUGAUGUUCCAUGGACCCCCUCAAACUAAAGUAAAGCGGGAACUGAGCCCAAGCAGAGAGUUUUCCCCAUGUGGACAAGAGCAGAGACUGUCUCCAUAUGGAGAAAAGUGCCUAUAUAACUACAGUGCCUUCGACAGGAAGCCAUUUGCUUUUAACAAGCCACUCACUCCUCCUUCUACUCCGGCAUCACCCUUUGGCUCCUCCAGCAGAACGGCAACACACCCGGUGCAAAAAAGAGUGAUGCCACCAGCCCAGACUCAGACACAAGGCCCACCGCUAUUACUUGGUCCCAACCAGAGCUCCACACCUCCGCAUCAGAGAGCACAGACUCCACUGCACAGUCAGAGCCCACCUUUUGCUGUGCCCUGCCCACCUGUCAAUCACUCGGAUGCCUCCUACCACACGGACCACAGGUUCCAUCGGCAGCUUUCUGAGCCCUGUCUGCCUUUCCCACAGUCCGAUGGCCGCUGUCAGACACCUUACCCCCCGCAGACCCGUGGCCAUUUUCCCAGACACGGUCGCCCCCCUUAUCAGCGCCAGAUGUCAGAGCCAUUGGUGCCAAUGCCUCCUCAGGGAUUCAAAAAGGAAAUGGUGGAUCCCUGCUACAAUGAGCAGGGUUUGCAAAACAUGGCACCUCCUCGUGCACCGUUGUUCCACCAAAUGUCAAUCAAACAGGAGCCCAGAGACUUCGGCUAUGACUCAGAAGUACAGAACUGCCAGUCAUCCUUUGGCAAAUCUGCAAACUUUUAUGGCGCCAAUAGUGAAGGUUUUGGGUAUGACGGAGAAUCCCACCUGUAUUAUGACGAUGCGUGUGUAGUGCCAGACCGCCUGGAAGGAAAGCUGAAGCAGGAGGGUGGAGUUUUCCGGGAGGGCCCUCCCUAUCAACGACGGGGGUCUCUACAGCUCUGGCAGUUCCUGGUCACUCUGCUGGAUGACCCGUCCAACAGCCACUUCAUUGCUUGGACUGGCCGUGGGCUGGAGUUUAAACUUAUCGAACCAGAGGAGGUUGCUCGCCGAUGGGGCAUCCAGAAGAACAGGCCUGCAAUGAAUUAUGACAAACUGAGCCGCUCCCUGCGCUACUACUAUGAGAAGGGCAUCAUGCAGAAGGUAAAGGUUGCUGGAGAGCGGUACGUGUAUAAGUUCGUGUGUGAUCCUGAUGCGCUCUUCUCCAUGGCGUUCCCUGAUAACCAGAGGCCCAGUCUGAAAGCAGACCCGGACGGCCUGCAGGUUCCCGAGGACGACACUGUUCCGCUCUCACAUUUUGACGAGAACAACAGUGUCCCAUAUCCAGGUGAUGCCAGGGACCAGUGCUUGGUGGGCUCGUCCUUCCCUGAAAAUUACACUUUCUGAACCGUUUCACCACCGACGGGGCAGACCAGAAGAACUCUAAAAUCCUCGCACUCCAAAUGCAGCUUAUGUCAAACUGUAAUCGCUCAAAUGAGGAAUGUGUAGCGCCUGCUGACAAGUCUCUAGACUUUCUUGCCACACUUUUGUUUUUGUUUGUUCGUCACUACACAGGUUCCAUGAUGGAAGUUUUUUUUAUUACAAACAAAAGAAAGAAAAAAACUAAAAGGGACACAACAGUA